AUGCGUACCUCCUCACUUCUGAUGCUGGGUAUCACCUCCCUCUCUACCCUCCUCGGCAGUAGCUAUGCCCUGGGGAUCAACUGUCGCGGCUCUGCUCUUUGCGAUCGCGCUACUAUGAGUAGCUCAUCUGGCAAGAUUGUGCAGAUCCUGCGUGACGCUGUCUGGGCUGCAUCGGAGAGCAACUCAACCACAUACGGCGACGGCUCACACAUAAUUUGUAUCAGUCAGACAGACACGGUCACAAUUUCUGCGUCCGCUGGUGGUGACUAUGAUGGUGUUACCGGAUCAUUCAGUCUUAGUGGCGACCUCAGCGUUGGCGCUGGCGGCAUAUGCCUCUUCCCCCAAGGCGCAUCCCUCAGCCUGGAACAGAUCAGACCUCUCACCGACGCCAUUCUAGAACACGGCUGCAGCACCUGCGGCAGCGUGCCGAUUCAUUUCGUAGAUCAAGGCAGCAACGACCCGUCGGACGGCAUCUUGACUUUCAACUAUGUGGAGAAUCCUUUUUGCGAUCAGCAAUGCAUCUCGGACACAGGCGCUUCCUCAGGAGAUCCCACUGCCAGCAAAGUGAGACGGUCUGCCAAGUUUGGGCCAGGAGGCGCUGUUUUGAGAGGGAUUGAUGGAGAGUAA